GAAUAAAUUUCUCUGUGAUUGGUUGGUGCAGAUUUCAAACCUGGCCUGGCGGCGGGGUGCUGGUCCGCCGUUGGGUGAGACGCGGAGGGAAGUAGAAAGCCGCCCGGGUGGGGUCAGGCGGACCCGACAAGAAAGAUGGAUACUACAAUGCUGAAUAUACGGAAUCUGUUUGAGCAGCUUGUACGCCGUGUGGAGAUUCUCAGUGAAGGAAAUGAACUCCAAUUUAUCCAGUUGGCAAAGGACUUUGAAGAUUUUCGUAAAAAGUGGCAGAGAACAGACCACGAGCUGGGCAAAUACAAGGAUCUUUUGAUGAAAGCAGAGACUGAGCGUAGUGCUCUGGAUGUUAAACUGAAACAUGCGCGCAAUCAGGUGGAUGUAGAGAUCAAACGGAGACAGCGAGCUGAGGCUGACUGUGAGAAGCUGGAAAGACAGAUUCAGCUGAUUCGAGAGAUGCUCAUGUGUGAUACAUCUGGCAGCAUCCAACUAAGUGAAGAGCAAAAAUCAGCCCUGGCUUUUCUCAACAGAGGCCACCCAUCCAGUGGCAACGCUGGGAACAAAAGACUGUCAACCAUUGAUGAAUCUGGUUCCAUUUUAUCUGAUAUCAGCUUUGACAAGACCGAUGAAUCCCUGGAUUGGGAUUCUUCUUUGGUAAAGACUUUGAAACUGAAGAAGAGAGAAAAGAGGCGCUCGAAUAGCCGACAGUUCGUGGAUGGUCCACCUGGUCCUGUAAAGAAAACGCGUUCCAUUGGCUCCACUGCAGACCAAGGAAAUGAAUCCAUAGUUGCUAAAACUACGGUGACUGUUCCCAAUGAUGGCGGGCCCAUCGAGGCUGUGUCCACUAUUGAGACCGUACCAUAUUGGACCCGGAGCCGAAGGAAAACAGGUACUUUACAGCCUUGGAACAGUGACUCCACAUUGAGCAGCAGGCAGCCAGAGCCAAAAACCGAAACAGACGGCUCCAGCACUCCGCAGAGCAAUGGGGGGAUGCGCCUGCACGACUUCGUCUCUAAGACGGUUAUUAAACCCGAAUCUUGUGUACCAUGUGGAAAGCGAAUAAAAUUUGGCAAGCUGUCUCUGAAGUGUCGAGACUGUCGUGUGGUCUCUCAUCCAGAAUGUCGGGAUCGCUGUCCGCUUCCCUGUAUUCCUACCCUGACAGGGACACCUGUCAAGAUUGGAGAAGGAAUGCUGGCAGAUUAUGUGUCCCAGACUUCUCCAAUGAUACCGUCAAUUGUUGUCCACUGUGUAAAUGAGAUUGAGCAAAGAGGACUGACUGAGACAGGCCUGUAUCGGAUCUCAGGCUGUGACCGGACAGUAAAAGAGCUAAAAGAGAAAUUCCUCAGAGUGAAAACUGUACCCCUCCUCAGCAAAGUGGAUGACAUCCAUGCUAUCUGUAGCCUCCUGAAAGACUUCCUUCGAAACCUCAAAGAACCCCUUCUGACCUUUCGGCUAAACAAGGCCUUUAUGGAUGCAGCAGAAAUCACAGAUGAUGAUAACAGCAUAGCAGCCAUGUACCAGGCUGUUGGUGAGCUGCCCCAGGCCAACAGAGACACACUAGCUUUCCUCAUGAUUCACUUGCAGAGAGUGGCUCAGAGCCCAAACACUAAAAUGGAUGUUGCCAAUCUGGCCAAAAUUUUUGGCCCUACAAUAGUUGCCCAUGCUGUACCCAAUCCAGAUCCAGUGAUAAUGUUACAGGACAUCAAGCGUCAGCCCAAGGUGGUAGAACGCCUGCUGUCACUACCCCUGGAAUACUGGAGUCAGUUCAUGAUGGUAGAACAAGAAAACAUUGACCCCAUGCAUGUCAUUGAAAACUUAAAUGCCUUCUCAACACCACAGACCCCAGAUGUUAAAGUGAGUUUACUGGGGCCUGUGACCACUCCUGAGCAUCAGCUCCUCAAGACUCCUUCAUCCAGUUCCCUGUCGCAGAGAGUCCGCUCCACCCUCACCAAGAACACUCCCAGAUUUGGGAGCAAAAGCAAGUCUGCCACCAACCUAGGACGACAAGGCAACUUUUUUGCGUCUCCAAUGCUCAAGUGAAGUCGUGCCUCCUGUUGCUUGACAGCGUUUACUGCCUGUGAGGAAGAGUGCACCUGGACUCUCUACUCUGCAGCCGCGUUACUGCUUUUAGCAUUCUCCAGGCCUUUAAUCAAGUUUAAUUGUGCAUGGGGGUUUUAUGAAAACUAUAUAUAUCUCUUUCUCCUUCUCAAGUAAUGUAAUAUCAACACUUUGUGCUGUCUUUGGGAGCUCUUAGAUGGGAGAUCUUUACAGGGCUAUGAAAUUCACUGUGAUUCUCUUGCAGGCUGGGAGGUACAUCCCUUUGGCUUAAAGCCAGAUUCCCUCAUGUAAUGACAUUUCUCUGAUGUAAUUUCCAUGAGACUAGUGGUAGAAGGCCCUGCCUCUUUGGUAAGACUGACUUGUCUUGAGGUGGGAAAUGGGGGGGCAGGGUAAAGAAAGGUUUGGGCAGAGAAUUUAGGAUGGCUCCUUCAAGAACUUGGAAAUUCUCCUUCCCCCGUUAGGAGCUGAGCUGUAACAACGGAGCCUACAUAGAACUGGGAUAUUGGGAGGACUGAACUAGUAAUGGGAGUGUACUUGGCUUUAAUUUGGUUUGAUUAGGUUUAAUAGUGUUAAGUGGCACAACCUUGUAAAAGUUAUACUACAAUUUAUAUUUAUUUCUAAUGGGCCUCUGUUGGGACAUUGGGUUUGGUUGGGGUCAAAGCUAGUUUAUUCUUAAGUUGAAUUCAUUCUGAUGCUUAACACCCCCCACCACCCCUUGUCCAUUGGAGCUCUACUUCUAAAGGUCAGUGUACCGUCUGUUUAACACCCAACUAAUGAGUAGGCUGUAAGGGAAGAUUGUCAAUAUUUUGAGUGGCAAGAAAAGCCACAGUCAUUUUGUCUUUGCACUUUGGAUGCUGAAAUCUUCCUAUGGAGCAUAGCCACAUCUAGAUAAAUAUGAGCUUUUUCUUCUAUUAGAAUUGUUUACAAAGCCUAUCAAAAUGAUUCCUUCUGUAGAAUGUUUCUGACCCAUAGUGGCCUGUAAAACAGACAUUUGGAAUAAUAUUUGGAAAAAAGUAAAUAGUUUUUUCAAAAUGAA